AAAAUGGAAUUAUUAAUGAGUAUUAAUAAUAAAGAGAUUUUUAUGGAGGUUCUCCAUUUGUCUAUUGAAUUCCUAAUUGGAAACAUUAACGAGCAACAGGCUCUACGAUUUUCUCAUAAAUAUGGAUUUCAAAAUCCUGACGACUUUUUACUUGCUACAAGGACGAUCUCAAAAUACUACAAGCAAUGUUGUACAGAUAGUGGCGACAAUGAUAUUUCUGAAAAGCUGCCGCACUUAAGUCCCGAAUUGAAACCGCUUGUACCGCUGGUGCUCGCAGCAAGAUUGGAUGCAGUCGAGCAGGCUCUUGGAAGAAGUGAAUACUUGAAGAAGGAAGUCAAGUGUGUCAUGUCAUUUUCCUGGGACACACGUUUGAUAUUAGGAGACAGCAGUUUCAGAAGUAACAUUCGACAAGUGGCUACCAUAAAUUUGCUUUGCCAAUCAAGUUUAAAACGUGAAAAUAUCUAUUUUGAAAUGGAUUUAGAGAGUCUUUGCGCUAUGAUAGAGGUAUUAGAAAAGUGUGUCAAAAGGGACAAACCGCUUAAACAAUAAUCAAAAGCCUUUUUAUGUUUAUGCAUUUGUAAAUAUGUACCUGCCGCAAAUAGAUAUACGAUACUUAUGCUAAAUACAGAUUAAACCCCAAUUUUAAAAGUGAGGCAUGGUUUAUCUUUCAAUAGCAUUUCGAAUUGCUUCCCAUUCUAUUGUACUCUCUAGAUCGGACUCCAAGUGACGGUCGGAUUUUUGAGUUAGCUUUUCAAAAUUGCUAAAUGAAAAUACAAAUGGCAUAGGUCUUAUAAACUUAAAAAAAUUCUUACCACUUGAAUUAGGUUAUUUGUAAAUAGUCAAAUACUGAAUAAAAUUAGCUCCAACCAAUCUAUCAGAUUUUC